CUUCCGCUUUAUGCUCAAGUUGCUCAGGGCUGCAUGUAGACUCGAUGGCGAACGAUUAUUAUUCAAAGUUAAAACAAUUGGAGUAUAAUGAUCUCAAAGCUAAAGCCAUUGAACACUUGAAAGUCUACUUAGGUAGUGGACGUGGCGAUCUGAACAGUUUAAAAAACCGUUUCUGCAAACUUGUACCAGAUCGAAAGAGAAAGAAAGUUGCAACUGUAGAGGAGUUGUUACAGACCCUGGAGCACAGUAACGUGAUUCAUAUAGAUGAUGUAUUACUUUUAAGAGACUUAGCGCGUCUGUUAGAACUGAAGGAUCUACAAGAUAUCAUUGACGAAUAUGACUUCAAUCAUUGUGCAGGUUAUAAGAAGGUGUUUAAAGGUAAGAAGGUCAAUUUAUCGAUCCUGAAUAAGGAUUCUCUGCAUGGUUUAUGGCUCAACAUGUUUCUCUUUUGCACUUUCCUCCUUACUAUCUUCCAUCUUAAACAUCAAUCAUGGCUGAUUGUGAAUCUUUUCAACACACUAUUGAACUUUUCACUUAAUGACGUCAUGUGAGCAGAGUGUAUAAUGGUAUUGAUAAAAGUAUCAGUUGUCCAGAGGGCAAAGUUUUUUCACAACAUAUUUAUUAGUUGGGCUUCCCUAGCCAAUCCUACUUUAAGUUUACAUUCCACAUUCCUAUCAUACCAAGUUCCUACCUAUAGUUUGUGCAAUAGGAAACCCAAAUAUUAUAGAUGUACGCACAUUGUUUGACUAGUAAGUUGGUCCAUGCACAAAAAGUUUUGAUAAGUUUACUUUAAGUAGGUUCUUUUCUCUAAACAUUGCAUGAAAAUUUGUUAAGUUAGCCAGACAUGGUAUGUCGAUACUCUAUCUGUUGUUUACAUGACUUUUUAGGUCAAAUUUAAUUAAUCUCUGAAUUUUGCAUAUUUUGAAUAAACUAGAGGCUCUUAGGGCAUGAAGUUGGGCUAUCUAUUUUGGAAAAUUUAGAAAGACCUGAUUUACCCCUGGCUCGAUAUUUCUAGUGUUUUGACACAAAUAAGAAGACGAAAACGAAUAUCGCGGCGCUAGAAUAUACAAUUAGAAUUUUGAAUUGUACAUUAAUCAAUUAAGAACAAAACUUGUGAAAGUAACGCAUUCUUGUUUGUUUGCGUCGAUGUCUUUUUUCAAUCGUUCAAAAAUGAUUAGAUGGUCCAUUUA